GCCUCUUCUGCGCGUUCCCGCCUCCCCAGAGCUCGGAAGAGCCCUGCCACGAUCUUCGCGCUCGCAGGGGCUGAGAUUCCAGGGCUAGGGGCCGCUUCCUGCUGCCGGAGCCGGAGCCGUCCGGGGACCUCGAAAAGCGCGCAGGCCGUCCCUGUCUCUGGAACUUUCCGCUGACCUUCCGCGAUCCGACUGCGGCGGGCCCGCGGUGUUUAAAAGCAGUUCUGUGGAUCCGGGGUGAAGCAUGGAUGCUGGCAGCCAGGUCCCGGUGGACGUCAUGCUCCCCAAGCAUGUCCUGGACAUCUGGGUCAUUGUCCUCAUCAUCCUGGCCACUAUUGUCAUCAUGACCUCCUUGCUGCUGUGCCCAGCCACUGCUGUCAUCAUCUAUCGCAUGCGGACUCAUCCUGUCCUCAAUGGGUCUGUCUGAGAACCUCCCAAGAGGGCUAGGUGAGGGAUGAGGACAGGAAUCCCCUCCCUCAGCCUCUGCAUCUUUCCCAGAAAAGCAGCAGGAAGGGACUUUGGAGCUGGAUAUGUGAGAGGAAACCUGAGUUCUAGUUUUGAUUCUGCUACUGGCCAGCUGUGUGUUUGGUCAAGGCACCUAACUCUAUGAGUCCCAAGUUCCUUAUGAUUCAAGUGAGGGCGAUGAUCCCUGGCCUUCCUACCUCAUGAGAGGCGAGAACCAAAUGACUUAGUAGAGGUUAAAGCUGUUUAUGAGCAGUCAAGCCACCACACAUAUACAAGGUGUUAUUGAUGAGUGCUGAGAAGCGUUGAAGACCUAAACAACCUGAUUGCUGAUGAUGAACUUAAAGGUGGUGAGAGUGACAUUGGGGCAGGGCCAGUGCCCUCAGGUCAAACCAAGCAAAGGGCACUCUGUCCUCAUUCCAAGGGGCCAGCAGCACAUAGGCUCAAAGUUCCUUUCUUUGAGGUGCCAAUCCCUCUAGUUUUCUCAGAUGGGAGACAAUUGAGGGAUGGGGGGAUGGGGGGAACUCCCCAGGACCUUCUCUGCACCAGAAUCUCUGCCCCUGUACAACCUGGAGGAAGGCUCUGCCAUUUAUUCUCAAUGCCAAGCUGAGAGAAGGGCUGAUAUGCUUUCUUUUUGCACUGGAGUCUCAGAUCUCUGUUACCUCUGGCAUUCAAGCAGUGCUGGAAAAUGCAGGGGAUUGAGUUCCCUGCCCAGCUUUUGGGAUCUCUGGUCCUCAUCUCUUUGUGUUUCCCACACCAGAGGAACUUUGUCCCCUCUGUCUCAGCUUCUGCUAUAAUUAGCUCAAUUGUAUAAUGUGUCUGUCCUUCACUCCCUCCCACCCACACUACCACCAAUGCAAGAUACACACUUACACUUUAAGAGAUGUUCCUAGGGCUUUGGAACCGACUCAGAACAAUGAUGGUUAUUUUAGAUGCUAUGGCAGGUGUAUUUAUAUAGAGAGAUUUCUGGACAAGUUAAGCUCUUUGGUACCAAAAUCAGGAAUAUCCUGGGAUUUACUAUAUAAGAAGAAAGCACAGAUAUAAGGAUAUUAUUGUGUGGAAACAAUGCUUUUACUCUGAUCUGAUUUCAUUGAUGUACACAACCAAUUUCCAAUAAAAUACUAGAAUGAGCA